AUGGAAAAUUUACAUGGAAAUGUUGACAUUGUAACAACAUCGUCAGAUGACUUUACUGCUCGUGUUUGCGAACAUUGUGAGAGUGCUGGAAAGCGUGCUGAAGCUGACGGGUUUUGUGUUGAUUGCAGUGAAUAUAUGUGUAACUGUUGCUUGUUGUACCAUGCUAAGUAUAAACCUGAACAUUCAACUAAAGGUAAGGAUAAUAUGCCCCUGGAUGUACGUUUUGAGAAAUGUUUGAAGCACCAUAUGAAGCAAAUGAAGUAUUUUUGCACAGAUUGUAAUAACGUCGCAUGCGCAGAAUGUAUAACAAACGAAGGUUGUUAUCACGAAGACGGAUGUCGAAAUAAAAAAUGGACAUUGCUUUACAAAGUUGCUUUGGAAAACAACGUAUCAAAAACACAAUUUGACACGAAAAUUGCUGAAACAACUGAAAAACUAGCAAACAUUGAGGACACAAUCGAUACACUUACGACAAAAAGGAAAGAUAGAAUUCGAGAAUCUAUAAAACAACACAGGCACAACUUAGAAAGUAAGAUGAAAGAGCUUGAAUGUCAUUUUCUAAAGAAAACUGAUGAGAUUGAAAACACGUUUAAACCUUCGAUAGAUUCUCUGUCGUACAAGGUUCAAUCUAUGAAAACCAUGCUACGGUCUGUUGAGUCUCAAUCAGGCAACUGUUGCUCAAACUUUAUUGCCCUCAAAAAUAUAGACAAAAGAAUUGCCCCCGUCGAGAAGGGACUUGAAUGCUUAAAGAAGCAAACUGAGAUUAUGGCAUACAAAUUCAAAGCAAACCCUAGCCGCAUAGUUGACAAAUCCGACUUUGGAAACAUAUUGUUCGCAGAAACUUUCCUUACAAAAACAGCUUGUUAUAAGAAUGAUAUUGAUGUUAAUCUGUACAAACACUGGAUUAUCCCUACAAAUAUUAGUGAUUUAUUAAUCAAAGAUGAUCUGCUCGUUGAAAUAUCAUAUAUGUGUAGUGCCAUUGUGAUGGUUGACCCCAUCAAGCAAAAGGUUUUAUCACAAUUAUUUAUGUCAUCACCUCCAAGGAGUGCAGCAUCCAUAAAUGGGACUAGAAUAGCAGUAGCUCUACCACAUGAUGGGAAAAUCAAAUUGUUUGACAUUAUUAACUCAGAAUUUAUCGAUAGAAAGGAAGACAUUGAAGUCGAAAAAGAUUGCUGGAAUCUGGCAUACAGCAGAAGUCAAUGUUGUUUGUAUGUGUCAUAUAUAAAACCAACAAGCAAAAUCACUAUACUGAAUGAAACUGGUAAAGUAUUACGAUUAUUGGAUAAAGACUGUUUGGGAAAUAAGUUGUUUAUGAGUCCACGAUAUAUAAUUCUAAGCUUAGAUGAAGAAUCGCUCUAUGUUUCUGACGCACAAAGAGAUGCGGUGAUCAAAAUACAUUCCGAUGGUAGAAUUGGAGCUGUGUUUAAGGACGAGAAAUUAAUUCUUCCACAAGGAUUAGCGAUAGAUGAAUAUGGGACGGUUUUUGUUGCUGGUACGAAAUCGAACAAUAUUUUUCAAUUAACCUCGGACUUGACAAAAAUAGGAAUCCCCAUUGGAUCGAAACAUGUAUAUGAGCCAUUGAGUAUCGCAAUUGAUAAGGUUACAAAGAAAGGAUGUUUAUAUGUUGGUAUGCGAGCAAAUACUGAAAUCAAAACAUUCGAAAUCAAAUGUAUACAAGAAACUAUGCUUUAA